AUGUCGCAGGGCGACCAGGGCGAGGGUCGCCGCGUGUCGCACGGCGACCAGGGCGUGAGCCGCCCCAUGUCGGCGGGCGGGCGGCGGAAACCCCCCGCGGAAGGGGGAGGGGAGGUGUCGGAGCUGAUGGCGCGCUUCCAGCGGCACAAGCAGGUGGGGGAAGGAGAGGUGGAGGUGGCGGAGCUGAUGGCGCGCUUUCAGAGGCACAAGCAGAGCACCAAGGACUCCUCAGGCCGUCCUCCCCCCUCGCCACUCUCUGCCAGCCCCUCCACGCUUCCCCUCAACCGCUUGAUAAAAGGCCGUCCUCCCCCUUCGCCACCCUCCGCGCCUCCCCUCAUCACCACCCAUCUCCACCCAUCCCCACCCCCUUAUUCCCCAUGUCUCCCACCCAUCAGAGCACCAAGGACCCCUCAGGGCCGUCCUCCCCCCUCACCACCCACCACGCCUCCCCCCAUCACCACCCAUCUUCACCCAUCCCCAAUCCCCCAUUCCCCCCAUGUCUCCCCUCUCCAGAGCACCAAGGACCCCUCAGGGCCGUCCUCCCCCCUCGCCAACCUCCGCGCCUCCCCCUCCAGCCCCUCCGCGCUCCCCCUCAACCGCUCCUCCAGCUGCGCCCUCCCCUCCUCCGCCACUGGGGGGGGCGCCAGCGCGUCCGCGCUCCCCUCGUCCCCCUCCUCCUCCGCCUCGUCCGCCUCCUCCACUCCUAAGCGGCGCUCCAGAGCUGCAGCAGCAGUGGCGGCUGCUGGUGGUGGCGCUGCUGGGGGGGCUGGAGCUGGGGCUGGGGAGGCAGGGGCGGAGCAGGUUUUGCUGCCAUCCCCAUCCGCUUCUCAGAAGGAGGCAUUAGAGGAGAUGCGUGUGGAGGUGGAAUCGCUUCGAGCCGAGCUGGCCCGGUGGCAGGGCCGGUGCGAGGAGGGUGAGAGGACCUUCGAGUCAACCCAAAAGGCACUACGAGCAGAAGUGGCGGAGUGGCAGGGGAAGUGCGAGGAGGGCGAGAGGCAGCGAGGCGAGGAGCAAAAGCGCAGAGAAUCUGCCGAGGCAGGGCUUGAGGCCUCCCGGUCUGCAGCUGCUGCAGCAGGGGAGGCGGAAGGGGGUGUGGGAGGCGCGGGGGAGGAGGAGAGGAGCGAGAGGAGGGAGAGGGAGGUGGGUCUAGAGGUCCGUGUGAAGGAGCUUGAGGAGCAGGUGCGAGCUGCAGAGGCAGCUCUGGUGGAAGCAAUUGAGCGGGCAGAGAGGGCAAUGAGGGAGCGAGAGGAGGGGGAGAAAUGGGCGUCUCAGAUGGAGCAGGAAAAGGGAGAGGUGGAGAGGGCGAGGCGAGAGGCAGAGGAGAGGGCUGCAGAGGCAGAGGCACGGGCGGUUGCAGCUGAACAAAGAGUGGUAAAAUUGGAACAGAAAGUGGUUGAGUUGGAAGAGAAGGUGCGUGAAGCAGAGGGGACUGUGAGUGAGGAAGGCAGGAGGAGGGCUGAGUUGGAGCAGAGAGUGGGGGAAGCGGAAGGGAGAGCAGAAGCGGCGGAGUCGCAUGCGAGAGAUAUGGAGGGGAGGCUGGAGCAGGGGGCUCAGGAGGAGAAAAGCCGAGAGGAGAGGGACAAGGCGAGGAGGGAGGGGGAGAGAGGCGAGUGGGAGGAGGAGAGGAGGGAAAUGGAGAGGAAGUGGGAGGAGGUGAUGCAGGAGGAGGUGGGGCGGAGAGAGGGGAGGAUCAGAGAGCUAGAAGAAAGGCUGAAAGCUGUGAUGGCAGGGUCUGAGGGAGAUGCAUGCAUGGCAGAGGGGGAGGGGGAGGGGGAGGGGGAGGACAAGGGCAAGGGCAAGGGCGGGGCGACAGCAGCACAGGAAGAAUCAACGGCUAGUUUGGGAGAGAGAGGACAUGGUGAGAGGGAGACGGUUGGUGUUGUCCCUGCUGGUGUGGGCUCUGCUGACGUGGCGGUCUCGCAGCUGCCUGCUGACGUGGCACUGCUGCAGCACAAGCUGGAGGUGGCGGUGGGCGAGCUGAAGAGCCUGUGGGCGGCAAAGCGGGCGGCAGAUGCUGAGAUCAGCGAUCUGAGGCAGACUCGAGAGGACACCAUCAGGCGAGUGGUGGAGUUGGAGGGGGAGAAGCAAGGGCUGGAGCUGGAGUUAGAGGAGCUGGUGAACGAGCUGCUGAGGGAGCAGGAGAUUGCAGCGGAGGCGGGCAUGUUGACAUUCAUAUGCUCUCAUCUCAUUCCCUCCUUCCCGUGCCCCAACCCCCUUCGUUCCUCCUCUUGCCCCUCCAUCACCAGGCGAGUGGUGGAGCUAGAAGGCGAGAAGCAGGGACUAGAGCUGGAGUUAGAGGAGCUGGUGAACGAGCUACUGAGGGAGCAGGAGAUAGCAGCGGAGGCGGGCAUGGUGGCGGAGCAGGAGUGGCAGCGCCGCCAGGAGGCCGUCCGUGCUCUCGUGCAGAUGGAGAGGCAGCUCAACAGUGCCGGUGCUGCUGCCGCUGGUGCUGGCGCUGGCGCUGCUGGUGCUGUUGGUGCUGCUGGGGAGAACGCCCUAAUGGAUGCUGGUUACCAGGUUACAAAUGAGUUGGGGCAUGCGGUUGUGUCUCCCCCUGGAGGGCUGGAGCCAGCAGCAAUGGUAGCGGCGGCGGCGGCAGCAGGAGCAGGGCCGUACCUCAGGAGAGGCCAAUCCGACGUGUCAGCGUUUCACAGGCGCAUUCCCAGCGGCUCCUCCUUCAAGUUCCUGCAGCAGCAGCAGCAAGGCGCGCUCGACCCCACCCUACUCGCAGACAACCCAGAGGAAUCUGACUUCCUGGGCACAAAGCUCCCGGAGAUUAAGCGCCGCCUGGAAGCAGCAGCCAUCUCGCCCGCCCCCACGCCCUCCUCCUGCCCCUCCCGCGCUCCCGGGCAGCCCGGGCAGCCCGGGCAGGUUGGGAAGCCCGGACACCGCAUUUCUCGGUCAGGGUCGUUCAGUGCUACGGCGGCUGCUGCGGUGGCAGCUGCGUUUGCAGGCACGGGGUCGCUGGCUGCUGCUAGAGCCAGGGCGCCUAUCUCCUCUGCUAUGCCCUCCUCCGAAUCCUCUCUCCCUGCCACCUCUCACGCCUCCCUCUCUCGCCCCGCCCGCCCCUCCGGCCCGCGUCUUGUUGGUUUCGCCGACCCCGCCUCUUCCUCUCUCCCGUCAACCGCCACUGCACAUUCCCCUGACACACACGCCGCCACCACGGGUGAUGCUGCAGCAGUCAACACGGAUAGCAGCACAGGCAGCAUCACUGCCACUGGUGUUACCACUGCCAGUAAUGCUGCUACCGCUGCUGCUGCUGCUGGUGGCACUGCUGCCACUAGUGGUAACCAGCAUGGCAAGCCGACAGGCGGCAAGUCAAUGCGCGCCGCCCUGCUGGAGCAGAUGGGAGCAAGCGAGCUGGCCGACGAGCUGGCUGCCGCCCGGGCGGCGGCUGCUGCCGCCACUGCGCAAGCCGCCCGGGCGGCCUUGGCUGGCUCUGGCAGUCCGGGUGGGGGAGCGCGUGGAGGGAGUGGGGGGAGUGGGGGGAUGAGUGGCAUGCUGAGCUGGCUUACAGUUCUGACGGGCGAGGAGAGGGCAGCAGAGGGCGGUGAGCGGGCGAGUCCCAACGGCAGUUUCAGCAGCCCCAGGGGGGGUCGAGCCGGGGGCAGCGGAUUCAGCAGCCCGAGAAGCAGCGGCAAGACAGGGGCGGGUCCGAGCCCUUUGAGUCCUCGGCCGGGGAGGGACUCACCGCAAGACAGGCAGGGUAAGGCACAGCUGCAGGGACAGAAACACAGGCAGCAGACGCAACAGGGGCAGCAGCAGGGGCAGCAGCAGCAGGGGCAGCAGGAGGUGUGGCGGCACCAGGCGGCGUUCAUCCAUGUGUUGCUACAGCUGGCCCAGCGGGCUGUGGAGCGCAGCGAAGACGCUGCUGCCGCCGCCGAGGCUGUUCUCUCCGCCACGGCACGAGCUGAGGCUGAGAUGCGCGAGUGGGAGGUGGAGCGGCAUCUCUCGUCUGUGUUCGGCGAGAUUCGGCUGUUUAUGCGGCAGCAGGGGGUGGAGCCGGUGAGGCGGCAGGGGGCGGGCGGGGGAGGGAAGGGCGUGGGGGGUGAGGGAGGUGGGACUGGGGGAGGUGGUAUGUCUACCACCACGGGGCACACGCCUAGGGACCUGGCGCAGGUUCGGGACGAUCUGAAGGUUUUGUCCAAGGCAAGCAGCGAGAUUCCAGAGGAUGAAGACCCGUCCACGUUCCUCACAGUGCCACUCACGCCCAUGCGCUCGCCCAUCAUCCGAGUCACCCGCAGCUCCUCCCUCCUCUCCCCCUCCCCCUUCUCCUCCGUCUCCCACCCCUCUCCUUACUCCUCCCUCUCCAACUCCUCUCCCUUCUCCUCCCUCACCCAAUCUUCCCCUUUUACCUCGAACCUGCCCCCUUUCGCCCGUUCCUCCUCCACUGCCGCUCCCUCCCAGAAGCCUUCAUUCUCGCACUCCCCCUCGCUCGCCUCCCUCGCCCCCAGCCUCUCCCCUGCUGCUCUUGCCCCUUACAGCAGUGGUGCCGCGGCAACUGUUGCUGCUGCAGAGAGGGAGGAGGGGAAGGAGGCGGAUGGGGUGACAGUAGUGGCUGCUCCGCUUGACCUGCCUGAGCUGGUGGUGGUGGAAGAGGGAGAGGAAGCAGGUGCGGUGGAGGGAGCGGGAAAGGAAGAGGGAGAGGGAGAGGGAGAGGGAGAGGAGGGGGGGAUGGGAGAUGGCAAGGUCAUGGGGGGGCGAAAGGAUGGAUCAACAGCAGAGGCAUCAGGAGAUGCAGCAGGAGAAGCAGCAGCUGAAUCGGAAGGGGAAGUAACAGGAGAGGCAGCAUCGGAGGAAGUAAAGUCGGCAGGAGGGGCAGUGAGUGGGGAGGGUGAGGGGGGUGGUAAGGAGGCGAAGGCAGAGAGGAUUGAGGCAGAGACUGGAGAGCGUGGGGAUGGGAGGGGAGCAGAGGAGGGAGGAGAGGCGGGGAUGCUGCAGCAGGCUGUGGGUGAUGGGGAGCAGCGACUGAUGGAGGCACAGCAGUGCAAACAGCACUGCCUAGGGCCCCCCCUGCUGCCUUUCCCACACACAGGCUCUCAGUGCCCGUCGGCAGCGCCUGCAGGAGAGGGAGCGGCAGCACCGCCGCCUGCAGCAGCACCACUCUGUCCCCUCUCCCCCACUUAUGCCCCCUGCUGGCUCUGCACCUUCCCCCACUCUCAGGUGCUCAGCAGCUACAGGCAGCGGCUGCAGGAGAGGGAGCGGCAGCACCACAGCCUGCAGCAGCGCCUGCGAGUCAACCGCCGCCAGCUAGCAGUCGCCCGCUCCGCCGCCGAAGCUGCUGUCGCAGCUACUGCCGAGGCUGGGGCCGAGGCUGGUGCCGAGCCAGUGGUGGGUGGGAAGGAUGCGGAGGAGGGGAAGGAUAGGGUGGUGAGAGUGGCGGCCGCUAGGAGCAGCAGCGGGAGUGGCAGUGGGUGGUGGGGGAUGGGUCCCUCUGGCGGCCCUGCUGCGGCUGCCGUUGCUGCUGUUGAUAGCGCAGGUGACACUGGUGCUACUCCUGCUGUUGCUGGUGCUGCUGCUACUGCCAAACCGCGUGUUAGUGGUCUGAGUAUUUCGCCGGCGCACGAGCCAGAUUUGUCAGCAGCAGCAGGAGUAGGGGCAGGAGGAGCAGCGGCAGCAGGAGGUGCAGCGGCAGCAGCAGGGGGAGCGGGAGGGGGCAUGCUGUCAUGGCUACCCAUGACUCCUCGUGCCUUCGUAAUGGCCGCUGCUGGCCUCCCAGACUCUCUCCGGCCCCGCACCCCACCCGUUGCUCAUGCUGACACGUCUCAGGCUCAGCUGAGGCCCCGCACGCCACCCGUUGUUGCUUCUGAGACGUCUCAGCAGUCCCUCAGGCCACGCACACCACCCAUUGGUGCCCAUGCCCCACAGCACAGGCAGCUGCUGCAACAGCAGCAGCAGCAGCAGCGCCGCUCUCCAGCCCUGCGCCCCCCAACAACCCCUGUGGGGAGCAGCGCCGCCUAUGGUCGCCCUGCCGAUGCCAGCGCCCCUGCUGCUGCCCCUGCUGCUUCCCCUGCUUCCCCCCUUGCGUUUGUCCGUUCGGCAGCCGCAGCCGGGGCAGCUUUAGGUUCGGCAGCCGCAGGUGCGGCAGUGGUAGGUGCGGCAGCCGCGGGUGGGACAGCUGCAGGUUCUGCAGCUGCAGGUGUGGCAGGCCCGAGCGCUCAGCGGGACCUGGGGUUGGGUCGAGGAGCAGGCGAUUGGCCGAUGAUGGGCAUGGGAGCAGACGGUUGGCCGAUGAUGGCCAUGGGAGCAGGCGAUUGGGUGAUGAUGGGUGUGGAGUCAGCAAAUCAUUGGAUGGUGGAGUCGGUAGCUCCAGUGGGAAACGAAUGUGGUGGGGAGGAGUUGAGGUAA